CAUCACUGCAGCAUCAUAUAGGAAUCGUGCAAAGUUCCAUUAUGACUUUAUCGAACACAAACUACAACCAGAUGGAUCUAUUUUAUUAUAAUGUGAAACCACUGUAGAGAAUAUUAUAACAAAAAUGUUUCGAGACAUGCCGAGCAUUGUAAUCACAAUCAAAUGUAAUACAUGCAAACAAAAACGCCAAAGAAAUGUUAUUGCACCCGUGAUCUACCCGUCUAACAUGAGUCAAGAUGAAAUUGACUUGAGCAGUUUGGAAAAUUUAUCCAUGAAAACACCAUGCAAUACAAAGGAAUGUAAAGGACUUACAGAAACGAGUAUUUCUUCUUUAGGAAAUGCAAUUAUUUUUGAAGUGUUCAACAGAGGCACAAACGAGAAAAUAAAGUUGAACUCUUUGCCACGGAGUUUCAAAAAUCCUGAAAACAUGAAAGAAAUUUACAAGCUCGUUGGAGCAGUAGAUUUCAUGCCCCCUGCAGUUAACCUUCGAUCUUCGUCGGAUGUAAGGUUAGGACACUUUACGGCCGUGUGUCUACGGGGUACUCAAUGAACAGAAUACGACGAUCGAUUUGAAAAAGCAAUAAACCGAAAAAAUACACAUUCAAUUAAUCCCCGAAUGGUAUUGUAUGCUAAAAUCA